UGCACUUUAGUCACCUUACCCAUUUCAUCAACCCUUCAGUACCGAAACAGGACUCAUGAUGAUGUCGCUGACAUGCAGCAUUUUCUUUGCUCUCCCAACCAUGGGACAGGAAGUUCCAGAGACAACAUCAGCAUGUGCCUUGCAGAAGGCUGCAACGCUUUCAUUGGCAACUGCACGAGUUGAAGAACAUGUGGCGCAGCACGCGACAGUGGCACCGACCAUGGCAGAAGACAGCACUGACAUGCUCGGGCUUUUGCUGCUUCUGGGGUUGGUGGCCUUCGGCCCGCAGGUGGCCCGUCCAAUAAUAUCUUCAAUUCGUAGCUGGCUGUUCACCUUCCGGUCCUUGGGAGAAGCAAAUGGACUUCCUGCAUCGCAGCGGUUUUGCCAAGACGAAGUGCAAAGAGAUUUCCGAAAUUGGUUCGAUGCGAUCCCGCAGACGUCAGAUCCAUUCAUCCGAGAAGUUGGGGGCCGUAAACCGCUUACAUUCAGCGAGCUUCACGCCUUCGCGCAGGACAAAGAAGUUUGGUUAAGCAGAUUUGGCAUCGGCUUGCAAGAUCGCGUUUGCACGAUGUUUCCCAAUGGUCCUGAGGCGGCUGUUUGCUUCCUGGUUUUCCCUCUUCGCUGCGUUUUCGCGCCGUUAAACCCUGCCUUCACAGUUCCAGAGAUUGAAUUCGAGUUCCAAGAUUUGCCAUGCCAUACAGUGGUCGUGAUGGAUGGCGAAAAUAACUCUGCCACCUUGCAGGUGGCAUUGGAGCAAAAAGUGCAAGUACUGGAGAUGCAGCGGCAUGCCAAAGUUGCAGGGCUGUUCAGUCUUCGACUUCACGAGCAAAGUCCAAUCAAGUUGGAGCAACAGAUUUCCACCGAGCGGCAAAGUGGCAGAGAUGAUAUUGCAUUGGUCUUACACACCUCUGGCACCACCAAAAAGCCCAAGAUCGUCCCUCUGACGCAUGAGAAUCUCACCGUGGGUGCACUUUGCAUCACAUCGACGUUACGUCGUCAGAGAAGCGAUGUGUGUUUGAAUCUGAUGCCUUUGUACCACAUUCACGGCCUCUCCGUCAACGUCUUGGCAAGUGCCAUGUCAGGCUCGUCUGUGGUUUGCACCCCAGGAUACAAAGGCCCGGACAAGCCGACAGAGUGGUUGGCUUCUGGCAUGGCCAGCUGGUAUUCUGCUGUGCCUACGAUGCAUCAAGGCAUUGUGGAGGCUGGCCUCUCCUCCAGCGAUUUUAGUGCGGCCAGUGCUGGUGUCGGUCUCAUCCGCAACUGUUCUGCAGCAUUGGUUCCAGUCUUGGCUGACAAGAUGGAGCAGCUCUUCCAGUGUGUGGUGAUGCCAACUUAUGCAAUGUCAGAGAGCAUGCCCAUUGCGUCCAAUCCGUUGCCGCCACAUUUGAGAGUAUUACGCAGCGUGGGGCAAGCUGCCGGGCCCGAGAUGGUUCUGCGUCAUGAAGAGAGCAAUUCAGAGCCCAAACGAGGGGAAGAAGCAGAGAUUUGCGUGAAAGGGGCGUGCGUUACGAAAGGUUAUGAAAUGCGGGCCCACAUGGACCAAGAUCCGAAUAUAGAGGCUUUCACAUCAGAUGGAUGGCUCAGAACUGGUGAUAAAGGUUACAUAGAUGAGAACAACUAUUUGUGUCUGUCUGGCCGCUACAAAGAGAUCAUCAACCGUGGUGGUGAGAAGAUCUCGCCCUUUGAGGUGGAGAAUGUUUGUCGACAAUGGUCACCUAUGUUUGACUGCAUUGCAUUCAGCUGUCCUCAUGCGCAAUUGGGAGAGACUGUGGGAUUGGCAGCUGUUCUUCGGGAUGGUGAGAAGAUGGACAGCAGCAAAUUGGAGGAGUUACGUCGUUUUGGUUCUUCAAAGAUGAGUGAGAAGUGGCUGCCGCAGUGCAUUCUGUACAUGAAGGACAUCCCCAAAGGCUCUACUGGCAAACCAGCUCGAAUCGGCCUGGCCAAGCGAAUGAAACUUGAGACUCUGGACAUUCACAAAACCCAGGUCACCAGUUGGGAUGCCACAUCGGGCCUUCCAGUCCCUAUUGAUGCUUCCGCAGCAGCCGUGAAAACUGUCGUUGAUUCUUUGGGGAAAGUCAGAGAUGCAAAUGACGGCAAGAUCCAGGAAAUGGCUUUGAUGGAGACGAUGUAUGGUUUCUCCAUUAUGUUCGUCACAUUGGCACACGUUUUCCUUGAGACUUACGAAUACACGCAUGGGAGGAGUGAUUACACUGCUCCGUUCCGACCGGAGCAAGACACGUGGCAGCUAGGCUAUCUUCUGGCAAUGAAUAUGAAACCAGUCACGCUGUUCCUAGUUUGCUAUGGCUACAUGGAAUCCCAGCACCGAGCAUUUCUUUUUGGCGGCUUCGAGCGCGAAAUUGUUCUCUUGUUUCUGACUGUCUUCCAUCAGCUGUUACAGUCAUUGUUCAUCGUGGCCUGGGAAACAUUGACAGAUCGCCGUGCUCCUGGUGGCUACUCUGGACUCAAUAAAACGGAUAUUGCAGAUUCACUGCGCAUAGCUGCGAUGACACAAGACCUGGAUUGGUUUAUUCGUUUUAUUUUGUUUGGUCGAAUCGUGAUGGUCGUGAAUCACAAGCUGGGCAUUCCUAGCUUUGUCCAGAUGGCUGCUUGCCUUGCUAUGGCAUGGUAUCUUCCACUGCCAAGUCGAGAAGGUCGCCUCGUUCCGGGUGCAGUUUCAAUUGGAUACAUGCUGAUGUUGAUCGGCGCAUAUGUGGCACCUGCAGUGGUGCGUAUGUUCGGCGCUCACUGGAAUGGAGCCUCACAAUGCGGACGCAGUCUUAUGCGUUUAGUUGCAUUGGCCUACAUGAUUGCCAGCAUACGACCGCCGUUGGGAUUUGGAUUCAGCGAUGCGACCCGAACCACAUGCUUUGAGUCCACCCUUGGUGCAGCCUGUGUGCCUUUGACAGUCAUACAGCAAGCAGUGUGGGUUGGUGCGGCAGCAAUCCUGUUUGCACCCAAGGUGAGUUUGUUCGAGAUAUUGGGUCGGUAUACCUUGGGAGCUUACCUUUUCAACCGCGUCACUUUUGCCUUCCUACGCGAUCAUGGAAUCCGGCUCUUCGGAGUGAGGGUGUUUCCAAGUUUGACUUCCUUAUCGCAAGCGUUCACUGGGCAAGAAGGUGAAAUGGGCCUCACCGUGGGCUACUUGCUGUUCCUCUUGCUGAUCAUGUACAUGACAAAUUUGUGCACCGGAUACUUUGUUCACUCUGUAGCAGGAGGACUUCUUACAAAUUCCAUAUCUCUUUUGAAAAGAGCCAUAUCUCCUUUGAAAGGAAAGGUCUGAUGCUCGGAAAGAAUGGUAUGCCAAGAUUACAAUGACAGAAGAGUGG